AUGGCCCCUCAUACACCAGACAUGACAGCAAAGGAACCCCUCGGCCCGUGGGUUUUGAGCCCUGUGGGGGAGGUCAAAUUAGGUUCUCAAGAUGAUUCAAAUCCUCACUUUUCUCCAUCAAUGGUGGAUGAGGGACCGUCAGACUGGUUCAGAACUACUAUCCUCUCACAUGACUCUUGUCUCUUGUGUGCCAGUCUGUGCACUGAGGAGCCGUUCUGUAGGAUCUGCCAUGAGGACGGGUCCUCCGGGCAGCUGCUGUCUCCCUGUGACUGCUCUGGGAGCCUGGCCAUGGUGCACCAGGCCUGCCUGGAGCACUGGCUCACCACCUCCAACAGCAGCCACUGUGAACUCUGCUACCACCAGUUUGCACUGGAGCGCCUGCCAAAACCUCUGACUGAGUGGUUGUGUUCUCCAUCCAUGCAUCAACAGAGGAGGACUCUGUGUGGAGAUGCAGUAUGUUUCCUGUUCAUCACACCACUGGCCAGUCUGUCAGGAUGGCUCUGUGUCCAGGGAGCCAUGGACCUCUACUACACCAACGGCAUGGAGGCCCUGGGGCUGCUGGUCCUAACUCUGGCUCUGUUUACCAUAUACAUCUUCUGGACCAUGGUAUCUGUACGCUACCACAUGCAUCUGUUCAGGACGUGGAAGAAGACCGACCAGAGAGUGCGCCUCCAGAUUCCCCUGUCUGGCCAGACCACACAUAACCAACAGACCCUGUCCAUAAACACCCUCAGCAAAGCCACCAACAAAGAGACCAUGGUGUAG